GGGCAGAGAUCAUUAAUGAGAAGCAAAGCGGCAAUUACGCACGUUUCAAGAGCCAUUUUGCAUUAUCGAUAAAUCACUCGACGAUUCGCAGCCAUUUGAAAUCGUUCGAUUAUAAAUCUCCUAUUCGAAAGAGAGAAACGAAUGCCGGAGGUAGAUAAAAAAUUUGGAAGACUAAAAAUAUCAAUCGUAGGGACGCAAAGCGACGCGUAAAAUAUUCGUAGAAAUUCAAGAACGGUAGAGAAUCGCUGGAAGAAAAAAGCUCGGUCAUCCCUCAUCUUGACGCAAAAAUGUUUUUCUUGCCUUACUGGCUCGCUUUCGCAUAACUUUCUUUAUCAUCGUGAAUUGCGUGCCAUGCGAUCGAAGAAAAUCCAAGUGGGAGGAUGAGGAAAGUGGAUGAUGAAAGAUGGAACGACCGGGUGAUACUUAACGUCGGUGGAAUACGUCACGAGACGUAUAAAGCAACCUUGAAGAAAAUACCGGCGACGAGAUUGUCACGACUCACCGAAGCAUCGGUAAAUUACGAUCCGAUAUUGAACGAAUAUUUCUACGACAGGCAUCCCGGUGUCUUCGCACAGGUUCUCAAUUACUAUCGUACAGGCAAGCUGCACUAUCCCACGGACGUUUGCGGUCCUCUUUUUGAAGAAGAGCUUGAUUUCUGGGGUCUUGAUUCGAAUCAGGUUGAACCUUGCUGUUGGAGUACUUACAGUAUUCACAGAGACACUCAAGCAACGUUGGCCAUAUUGGACAAAUUAGACAUCGAAGGCGAAAAGCUUAGCGACGAGGAGAUUUCUCGGCUUUUUGGUUACGAGGAGGAAUAUAAUCGUGGAACGUUGACAAAGUGGCAGCGAUUACGUCCGAGAAUCUGGGCUCUCUUCGACGAGCCUUAUUCGUCGAGGUCGGCAAAGUGCAUCGCCUGCAUUUCGAUCUUCUUCAUCUGUCUCUCGGUUCUCUGCUUUUGCUUGAAGAGCCAUUCUAGUAAUCUAUCACAAAUUAGAACGGAUGAUUCUUCUUCUAACUACUCUGUAAAAUUCACUCAGCAUUACGAGAAUGAAAUCGGUCGACCGCAUCGAACGUUUUAUUACAUCGAACACGCUUGUAACGCUUGGUUCACAUUCGAAAUAACACUUCGAUGCUUGGUCAGUCCAAGCCUAAAGCGAUUCGCUGUGUCGCCGGUGAACGCGAUCGAUUUAGCGGCGACGUUCAGCUUCUAUACGGAAUUCUUGACAGAGUCUAGCCUGUAUCUGGAGGUCCUCUCGAUAGCACGAGUACUUCGACUCUUUAAAUUGACCAGACAUUCACCCGGCUUGAGAAUCCUCAUACAUACUUUCAAAGCAUCCGCGAAAGAGCUCGCAUUGUUGGUUUUCUUCCUCGCUUUGGGCAUAGUUCUCUUCGCUAGUCUCAUUUUUUACGCCGAACGACUUCAAGAAAAUCCUAACAACGACUUUGACAGUAUACCACGAGGACUUUGGUGGGCUCUAGUCACCAUGACGACCGUCGGUUACGGCGACAUGACGCCAAAAACCUUUCCAGGGAUGUUCAUAGGCGGACUAUGUGCCUUGACCGGUGUUCUUGCUAUCGCACUUCCGGUUCCCGUCAUCGUCAGCAACUUCUCUAUGUUCUACUCCCACACUCAGGCACGUAGCAAAUUGCCAAAGCAGAGACGAAGAGUACUCCCAGCAGAAUUUCCAAGACGUGGAAGAUCGUCGAUGCAUCAAAAUCGUUCCGAUUCUCAGGGACAUUUGUUCUUGAACGCUUCACCUUACAGAUCGCUGACACCUCUCAUGACUCGACAACCUAUGACUAGAUUGCACAGCGUCCUACAACUCCAGCCGAAUAUCGUGAUAAAUCUAGCGGAAAUCGAACAUCGUGCGCGCACCACUUCGCCCAGUCAAGAAUCCGAAGGAACGAGCGUAUCUGACUGCCGAGAUAGCGAUCUACCUCGAGACGAUAAGACGGAGCAGCAACGUGUCGCCGAAAUCGUUCAUCCAGAAGAGGAAACGAAUCAUCGAAAAGAGAGACAACGUUCUCAAAACAUUCUCCAUUGUAUUCUAUGAUAAAAAUAUUUUGUUUUUUUUUUAUUGUUAUCCUUAUAUAUUAUUGUAACAAAAAAGAAAGAAAAGAAGAAAAAAAGAAGUUGCAACGAUCAACGAGAAAAACUUUUAAGCGACAAAGAAAGAAAAUGAAAGAAAAAUCAAUGAGAAUGAACAAAAAGAAAAGUGCGUCGAUCGUGCAACGAUCAUGUUUCAUCGUAAAGUAGAUCGACCGAUUCGAGGCCAUUAAGAGAGACCAGUAGCGUAUCAACGAUAAUACCCUGGAAAACGUGGAAAACCGUGGAACUCUUUGACGCAAGAGCUUUCACGGCGCAAGCGUAAGCCAUCGACCGCUAGAACGGUUUAUUCAGGCUCUGUGGGAUCUCCCCACUUUUCUCUACUCAGCAUAGACACGCACAGACGUUGAUACAUUUACAUGCAUAAAGAGAAAGAAAGAAAGAGAUAGAUAGGUAGAUUGGUAGAGAGAGAGAGAGAGAGAGAGAGAGAGAGAGAGAA